AUGGCAGGCCUUGGUGAUGAUAAUUUUGAGGAACUUGUACCUAUGAUAGAUUCUAUCUUUCAAGGGAUGAAAUCGGAUUUGGAUAAACCAAUAAAUACAAGAAAAGUUCUUUAUUUGUUAAGAGAAAUUUUUGGGAUUGAUUUGUAUAGUUAUAAACAAGUAAUAUAUAAAUUUAUAAAAUUUCGAUGGGAGCAAUUCAAACAACUAUGGAUUGUUAAAAUUAAAAGAGAACAUAUGCAAAUAAGAGAGGUAAAUUUUUUAAGAAAUUUGAAAGGAAACUAUAUUGAAGCAAAAUAUCAUGUUGAUAAAAAUACACAGGUAGAUCCGGAUGUCGAUGGUGAUAAUAAGGACAAAAAGGUUAGUAGUGAUGAACAAUUACUCUCAGAAAUAAUAGUUCCUACUGAUUUAACUAGUAUUAAAAUUAAAAAAAUGGAUAAGGCUGAGGUAGAUUCUCUUCAACAAGUUGCUAUUAAGGAGACGAAACGUGCCAGAAAUUAUGUUUAUAAGGGGUUAAUUAAGAAAAGUAGUAACAAUAUUCGUUUUAAUAAAACAGUUUAUGAGACAAAUGAUUUAAUAUUUGCCAUAACAGGGUUAAAACAAGGCACAAGAUUUGAAAUUAUUAAAAAAAUUAGAGAAUAUAUAGAACAACAUCAAUUAAAAUCAAAGGAUCCAAAUUAUUCAGAUGUGAUAGAAUGCGAUGAAAAGUUAGUACCAAUAUUUGGAAAUCAUUUUACCUUUUCUAGGUUAAGGAAAAUACCAAUUGAAAGAUUACUUAAAUACCGUUAUGGUGUUGUACAAAAAGAUGUUCAAGUGGUAAUAAUUAAUGGUAGUGAUGAACAACAAGGUGCUACAAAGGUUGAAGAGGAUUCUGUGGAGAAAUAA